UUUCGGAUGCAAGCCGCCGUUAAACUCCAAAGAAGAAGAAGAAGCAGUAGCAGAAAAAGAAUGCUUCUUUGAGUAAAUCUCACCAUCUCUUUUCCAUUUGACUCGCAUUCAUAAAAAGACUUUAACAUCAACAAGGCUCAAAUGGCAACAGAAAGCGAAGAGAACGGCACGGAAAUGCAAAAUGAGGUCUGAAUACGUUGCCACAUAAGGAACCAGUAAAAUAUUAACGCUGAAGCUAAUGCUAGAGGAGGCGUCUGCUUAUUCGCUCGCUCGGUGUAAGCUGGAGAACCUCCUCAAUAAGAGCAUGAGGAUCCGGAUGACAGACGGGCGCACGCUCGUGGGGCUCUUCUUGUGCACAGACAGAGACUGCAACGUCAUCCUGGGAUCUGCACAAGAGUUUCUCAAAUCCACAGAUUCUUUCUCACAAGGUGAGCCCAGAGUGUUGGGACUGGCGAUGAUCCCUGGCCAUCAUGUGGUUUCUAUAGAAGUGGAAUCUGAAAGCCUUCAGACCACCACCCAUGGACUCUGACAACUUUAAAGACUUUUGGGUUCACCAUAUGGACUACAGAAAUUGUAGUUUUCACACACACAUGCAUUUUGUCUGUAAAUACAGAGAAGACAGUGAAGAUCCACUAAAGCUCGAGUUAUUAACCCAAAUUUAUUUUUCCUUAUUUUUUUGGGAACUCCAAUUCUAUACACUGUAGGUUGGUCCUCUAUGUUGAAACAAGAAUAAUAACAACGUGAUUUAAACUGUACCUUUCUGUUUGUGUGUUUGCUUGCUUGUACAUUGUGUGUAAAUAUUGACACUGUUAUUUUUAGUAAGAGAGAUCUUUCAUAAUCUUUCUCAUAUUUGUCUUAUCAUUGCACCACUAAUAUUCCCUCGUAACCUCAUAUCACCAGCAGACUUUAUUCACAGACGUUAUCAUAGUCCACACGCUUUAUAGCAUUACAUUUAUUAGUUAUUAUUACUUUAUUGCGUAAGUUUAUUAUUAUCAUUGCAUAUGUAAACAGAACAGCAUAUUUCAGCGGUGCUGAAAUUAUGAGUGAUUUAUGGUGCUAAUACAUUAUUUGUGUCCAUACAGUGCAUUAUUUAAAUAGGCAAAGGAAAGAAUAAUCUAAAUAAUAUCCUGUUCCAACAUAAAGGUCAAAUUAAUGUAAAAUGAGAAGAUAUACAGCACAUUUUAGUAGGGGUGGGAAUCUUCAUGCACCUCAUGAUCAGACCUGAUUCCAUUUCUGGGAAUCAUGAUCUGAUUCCAAAAUUAUUUUUAAUCCACAUUUCUUUUUUUUUUUUAAUGAAUUAAUGAGUUUACUGACCAUGAAUAUCAAAUUUGUAUGUGCAUUUUUAUUAAAUUAGUCAUAUUAGUUAUAUAAACAUUUUUUGCUGUUUGAUGACUGAUGACAUCAUAGCCAGGUCUAAUUGGCUGCAUUAAUGCAUUAUAAUACACAGCUUGAUUUUAAUACAUCAGAUGUUUUAUCCUGUCAAGACAUGACUAUGUACUUUCUGCAUAGUGUACUGCAUUUCAACCAGCAUGAAUGAUGCCUUCGUAGGACAUUUAGAACGUAAAACACUGCAAUCUGAAAAUUAUUUUUCUCCCACCCCUAUGUUUUAGUGUUUAAUAAAAAUAUCUCAAGAAAAAAACAUGCUCUUUUCUUGCAACUUGUACACAACAGCUGCAUGUAAAAAAAAUUAUCUCAGAAAAAUUAAAAUAACCUAUUUACAUGG